UCCAAGUCAGUCUGCGGCUGACCAAGUGGUUGAGCAGAGACUCCUCUUUCUCUUUAUUUAUUUUUUUUCCUUAGUUUUUGGUAAACCAUAUUUUUUCAUUUUUCCGUCGACCAGUGAAGUGUGAAUCAACAUGCUUAGCUAUUUCACCCUCGCGUGCAUCGUAAUACUUUACGUAUUCUUCGAUGUCAACUACUUUCUUCGAAUCGCCUUUACGAUCGGCUUUGGAAGACUAUUUCAAAAGAGGUCGAAAAUUUUUGAAAAAACAACCAUCCAUGGUAUCUGCUUGACCAUGGACGUCGAUAUAUUCCUGAAGCACAUGAACAAUGCGCGCUACCUACGCGAACUGGACUUUGCGCGCUUCCACUAUUACGAUCGUUCGGGUAUUUAUGCUGAAAUUUCCAAGAGGGGAGGUGGAGCUGUUCAGGGUGCAUCUUCCACGCGAUACCGACGGGCGCUUCCUAUAUUCACUCCUUACAAAGUCACUACUCAGCUAAUAUACUGGGACGAGCGCAACUUUUACCUGGAGCACGAGUUCAUCAGUUUGUCGGACAACUUUGUGCGCGCCGUUGUGCUGAGCAAGCAAAGCGCCACUGGCCUCAAAGUUCCCGUGUCCGAGAUAGUCGAGAAAGUCCAGCCUGGCGCCGUGAGGCCUGAAAUUACCAAAGAAUUGAAACUCUGGUUGGACUCUAUGGAAGAGUCUUCGUUGAGGUACAAGAAAAAGUGAAACUGAAGUUGAGCGUUUGGAAUUAGAAGCCAAAAUUUUGCCAAACAACUUGACACUGAAACGAUGCCUUACAUGUGUACAAAAAUGGCCUUUCAAUAGGCAUCCCUGACAUAGUUGUUUAUCACUUACUUUUUAUAUAGGUGUAGAGGAUUGUUUUACUUUUUCUUAGGAAAAUAGUUUUAGCAUCUAUAAAUGUAUAUUUUUUACGAGGUAUAGCAAGUUUUUGUAUCGAAAUAAAGUUUAUUUUAUCGAAUGAUAACAACGAAUGAUGUUUNAU